AUGACGAUUUCCCUGACCGCUUGGGGAAUUCAAGACCAGGUCCUCUCCGUGAUCUGUGACAACGCAUCCGCCAACGACGUGAUGGUGAAGAAGUUGUCUGAGCACGAGUGGAAGAGGUUUGGUGAGACGGGUCGUGUGCGAUGUUUCGCGCACGUUUUGAAUCUGGUGGUCGGGGUUAGUAGAAUUAAGUUUAUGGUUUUUAGACGUCUAACUUUUCUGGACGUCUAA